AUGCAGAGUCAUACACCUUCCCGAACUGCGGACGCCCAGGCUCCAGCCGCCACGCAAUCCUCCAAUCAAACGGAUGUCUUCAAACUUCCUGAUGCGGUUCCUGGCGAUGAGGAGCAUAGCACGCGUGGACUCGAUGAUGAAAUCGAGCAAAGAAAGGUGGCGCCCGGCGAGGCCGCACACUUACUACCUCAAAACGGGCAGAGCUUGGGAAAUGCGGCCCAGGCGCGGCAAACCAGUCCUAUCAUACUGGUUGAUGAUGCAUCCAGCGCCACAGAAGGAAAUUCUGAUAGUGAUGUGCAAGUUGUGGACCAGCAUCCGGGCUCUGUUCGGGAUCAGCUGCUGUUCGAGGACUCGGACGACGAUGACUCGCCAUCUCAUGCUCUGGAGACGACGGAGGACUUGUUUCCUCAUCAGACAAGAUUGGUUUUGGAAUCACGUCCCAACCCACCAGAAGCACGCAACUUUCACAUAGAUUCCGACGCCUCUUCAGAUAUGGAAGACAACAACGUCGACCACAUGGUACUAGAUCCAAAAAGGCAAAGCAGACUGUCAGACCAGUUCCAGAAGCCGACAAAAACAGCAAAGAGAAGCAACACCGCACCUAAAUCAAGGUCGACUCCUAGGCAACCCAGGAUUGAUGCCGUAUACAGCAAAUCGAAGACUCCUUCUGAGUCUCUCGCCGAAAAGUUUCGGAGCAAACCCCAGAAGCCCAGACGACGUCAAGCCAAGGCCGGCGCUCGCUUGAACAAAUCCCGACCUUCGCUACCUCAGCUCAGUAUUCUCGAUGUGAUCGAGCCUGAUGCACCUCAGUUCCUCAAAAUUGCGGCUCGCACGGCAAAGAAACGGCACCGCAGUCCUGAUACGCCAUCUCGACUACGCCCUGCCCAGUUGGAAAGCGACGAGAUGGGGAUGUCAGCCGUUGCAUUCCAUGCUAGCAAGAAAAUCCUGGACCAGCUCUACCACGCUAAGCACUUACCCCAGCCUCCCUCGACAGGCACUCUUCGCAGGUACUCAUUCCAGCCGCUGCAGGACAGGACCAAAGAAGAUGAUGCGUUCCCAAGGAGUCCGAGGCCACAGAAUCAACGCCGCAGGAAACAGAAACCGCAACAGAUCAAUGUCGACGAUCCCCAAUUUACCCAUGCUAGGGACCCAGUGAUCCAAGACUAUGAUCAUACAGAUCUGUCAUUAUCGGAAGGCCCCAACGUCAACCCUGCAGCGGAUGUUGAGAAAUUCGACGUGGCGAACAAGCUUUCCGGUCUUGGCGCUUAUGGUACCGCCUACACUCAUCACUUUGAGUGUCUGCCAUUGCCGUCGGGUGUCUAUUUCUACCACUCGACUCUUUUGGGAAAAGCUGUCAUUGAGACUGUGGUCGACUCAAACUUCAUGCCGAAGCUCAAGCUGCAAAAGCCCCGGACUUUCUUCUCAAUUGGCCCUCAGACCCUGCGGUGGGGACUAUGGGAUGCACAAGUAUCAUCGGAGAUGGGCAUCGUAUUUGAUCACAUUGCCGAAUAUCUAGAAGGAGACCAAUGUCUAGAGAGUACUUCGGUUGAUGCGGCACACUUUCUCGUGUCCUACGUAAGCAACUUCAUGACGCUCGAGACGGACGCGGAAACUUUUGCUGCCGUAACACGCAUGUUAGAGUUGCUCGAGGGCUUUUCGGCGAAGGUCGGCGUGAUAGCGAAGUCACAAGGCUACAAACAAAUAAUCCUUCGCGUAAUGGACUGUUUAUGCCUUGUGGCCUUCGUCGUCUACCUCAUAUGCCGCGGGGAUCCGAACCUCGUGGGCUAUCAGUUGACGGCUGAGGAGCGUUUGAAGGUCUUGGCCUCUGCGCUCUCGAGAGUCCUGGGCACUUCAAGUAUCAAGAAUCUCAGGAACCGCUAUCGGACGCUUCAGGUGACCCGGCACGUGUCCCACAACGUCGUCGGUUCCGACACAACCUCUACCAAUGAUGCGCGCAUCUUGGAAGGUGCUUGGGAGACCUUGUUCACCCUGCUGCCUCUCACCGAAUUCAACGAUCGAGGUGUACUUGUGACGGGACAGCGACCUCAGACGCCCAAUGUGGGCAAAGUUGAACCAGAGGACCAGUGCUUCCACAUCUUCCUCAAAAUGCUGGCCCUGGGCAUUUGUCGACUCCGGGCAGGCGAGCAUACCAAGGAGAUCCGCAACAUGGUGGCGCGGACAGUGCCGAACCACAAUCGGCAGUAUAUGAAGGAGCACCAUAUCCAUGAACGCGAUCUGGCUGCACUGCGUAAUCACCACGAUUUGCUAUGCACCCUAUACUGGGCGGCGCCCCCGACCGUGCGCCCUAGCGUCGCCCUGAUCGAACGUCUUGUUCACCCUGAAACCUCACAUAAAGAGGCUUGCCUCAUCAGUCUGCGCGCAUGGAGCCAGUUGGCCAGGUUCGUUGUGAGCAACGGCGAAGCGACCACGUCUAUGAAGCCAUUCAAUCAAUGGCGCGACAGACUUUUCACACAAAUGAUGCAACAAUACGACACCAUAGCCUCUGAUAUACAGCAGCAGUUUCUCGGGCUCUCUAGCGAUGUGAGCAAGUCUGUCAGCCCCGACAUGAUCAGUGCGAUGGUCAAGCUGAACAAGAAUGCCGUGGCCGACGUGGUACACGUUUCGCUAUCGACUUCGUUGGACGUUAUAAAGCAUACCCAGAAUCUCGAAGCGGCAACCUUUGCCUUGAACACGCAGCAGCUGCAGCGUAUACUGCAGCACUUUUCCUCGCCGCGGCCCGAGUUCGAUUGGGGCAUGCUGAGGACCGCGCUCUUAACACUGGACGUGUUCCUCAGCCGCGUCGACGAUUUCAAAGAUGCGGAAGAAAGCCAACAAAGUGAAAGUCAGCUUCUGAACUCUGCACAAGCCGACGAUGCUCUGCUGUCUCUCGAUCAUGACUUGGCCAGCAACUUCUUCCAGAUGGCUCGACGAGUCCUUAUUCUGAACCCGGAUGCGGAGCAAAGCUGUUUGGCUUCCGUGGAUAUGGUGGCUUGUAUCGAGCAUGUCGUCAAACUCGGUGCAAGAAUGGGCAUGCGCUUCAUCAACGCAGGCGUCAUGACUUUUAAUUCCAUAUUUAAGCCAGGCAAGCACCGUUUGUUCCAAGACAAGCCUCACUUGCUUGGCUUCAACCAGCGCAGGUAUCUCACGCUCUUUGUCGAGACACUGGUCGAGCGUGGUUUCGACGGUUUCUGCGAGGAUGGCCUGAGCUUAUGUGAGCUCUGGGUGCUGGCUAUUGUGAAAUCAUCCGAGGCUCUAGCAUACGAGAAUCGACUGGCACAGCGACUGAUCCGUCAAGGAGAGCCCUUCGUCCCAGAGGCUGCCCAAGGCUUGAGUAUCAGCCCUAGUUAUCGCACCAACAGGGACAUGUUCGAAUUUGCCAUUUCGUGGAUGCGCAAGGCGAUCAGGGACGCAGGCCCCAGUCAGAAACGCGCCCUGCAGGCUGAGCACUCACGCAUUCUGAAGCUGGCCAUGGAGCAAAUGAGGAGAGACCUGGGCAGCAUGCACGGUGACUCAAGCCAGCAUCGCGAUUACAUCAAGUUUGUGCGCGAGUGCAUUGAACUCAUCAAAGCCCACGGCACCGACAUCUGCACAGUGGAUGACUUUUUCUACCAGAUCAGCAAGGACUACUCGCCAUCGGAACAUGAUCCGCAGCUCCAGGUGGCAGCCAUUGUGUCUUAUGGACUGCGUCUCGCAGAAGGCGAGAGCCGAGCCGCACAUGAGCUCUUCUACUUCCUCGUCAACAACUUCAAGGUCGCAUUGAUGAAAGGCGAUUUUUCUAAAGAGGUGGACAUGAUAGCAAAAGGAAUGCGCCAUCCCGGCAUCUCGCGCUUUGUCGUCGGCGCUAUGCUUCCAGCAAUUAUACAAGCUGCUUUUGUGGAGAGCAGGGCGUACCCAAUGCUGGAUGUAUACGGGUCUUGGUCCAGGCUGUUGUUGAAGCCUCGCCAGGCUCGCAGACUACAGAACAUCUACACGUAUUGGACCAAGCUUUGA